UUGCAGCGAUGCUACACGAUUUAUGAGCUCCAGACGAAAUAGGAGAACGGGGCGGCUUUAGUAUGUCUGCAUUGGAGGGAGCGGAUUUAACCAGACGGGGUGGAGUCUGACAUGGCCCUAGCCCUCCAAUGUAGAGAGGGGCUGUCGCCUUGCGAGUCGAGGGAGAAGAAAGGAAGGUAGCCAGGCCGGCAGGAAGAGGGGGCGGCCGGUGGGCGUGGCCUACUGAAAGUGGGCGUUGGAGAAGGAGGGGGCGGGGAGGCGGCGCACUGAUGCUGCUUCUCGAGUCUUUCUCCUGUCUUUGUUUCAUACUCUUUGUUAGCCAUGCCGAGCCUGCUGGUUCUAUCAGGGAUCAUGGAGAAGAAUGGGGGCUAUGGCGGGGAUCUGGCCGUCUCUGGCUUCGGAAGCGAGGGACUGCUUGUGCCGCCGGACGAGGAAGAGGACGACUCCCGUGCUCUCAGGGUCGCCUUGGGCCAGCUGUCGCUUUUGGGUCUCGGGGAAUCUGAGGACGGUGGCGGCGGGACUCCCACUCCUGGAGUGCAAGAUCGGAGUAACAACAAUAAUAAUCAUCACAACAACCAUAAUAACGGCAUCGGAGGAGGGAGCGGCGGAGACCCUGGGCUUUUGCAAGGGAAGAACAAGUUAUGUGUCCUGUAUGAGGGGUCCUCUGAAACGAAAGGACGUGGCUGUAACAUAACCGAAUGCGUGCCUGUGCCCAGUUCCGAACAUGUGGCCGAAAUAGUAGGCAGACAAGGGUGCAAGAUCAAAGCUCUGCGGGCAAAGACCAACACCUAUAUCAAGACCCCUGUGCGUGGAGAGGACCCUGUUUUUCUUAUCACGGGUCGGAAGGAAGAUGUUUCACUGGCACGGCGGGAGAUCAUCUCCGCCGCGGAGCACUUCUCCAUGCUGCGGGCAUCCCGCCACAAGCUGGGCGUGGCCUUCAGUGGCUCGCCCCCAGCGCCCCUGCCCGGCCAGACCACCAUCCAGGUGCGGGUACCGUACCGCGUUGUGGGGCUGGUGGUCGGUCCCAAGGGCUCCACCAUCAAGCGCAUCCAGCAGCAGACUUCCACAUACAUCGUCACACCGAGCCGUGACCGCGACCCCGUCUUUGAGAUCACCGGCUCGCCCGGCAACGCCGAACGCGCUCGCGAGGAGAUCGAGUCGCACAUCGCCUUCCGCACGGGCGGCCUGCACGACCUCAACAACGAGAACGACUGCCUGGGACCCGACGGCAGCGGCGGUAACGGCGGCCUCGAGAGCCGGCUGCAGCAGGUGUGGGGCCCCGGGGGGGGGCAGCGCAAGCCUCUCACCAGCAGCUACCGCCAGAACUUUCCGGACGCACUCGGGAAUGGGGGAGGUGGAGGCAUGUAUGGCAAAAGCGACUUUGCCAACCCCGGCGAGAAGCCGUGCCCGUUUUUUGCCUCGGAGGAAGCCCAGUGUUGGGGAGACCCCGACUACCCUAAGCAGGUGGCAUAUUACGCCCAACAGCGUUCCAAAAGCUUUGGCGGCCUGCCUCUGCCCUUAACCAGGCUCUCGCCAAGCCUCCCCGAGUCCUGUGGGGGGCUGUCCCACGCCCAGGCGCGCCGCGCCCACAGCGAGCCCAUCUCAGCCAGUAUGGGCUUCCCUGGCCGGCUGCCAGUGGGCGACUCUCAGUCCACCGCCCACCGCGACUGCAUGACCUGCUUCGAGAGCAAGGUGACGGCCGCCUUGGUGCCCUGCGGCCACAACCUCUUCUGCAUGGAAUGCGCCAUCCGCAUCUGCGAGCUCAGCCACCCAGAGUGCCCUGUCUGCCACGCCCUGGUCACGCAAGCCAUCCGGAUAUUCUCCUAAAGCCUCUCUUCUUCCUUUUCUAUUUUGUUCAUACACUUUGGGUUUUUUAUUUUUAUCAUGUUUUUAUAUAAUUAUCAUUCUGAUUUUUUUUUUCCAGAAAAGUAUAUUAAAACGGGCAGAAGGUCCUGCUUGUUUUACUAAAAGUAUAAUAAAUAUUUUUUAAAUUUGUUUUUAUAUAUAUAUUUUAUAAAAGUUUUGUUUACAAGAAAAAUAAUAGUAUCCAGCUAACCUUUUUCCUUUUUGCUAUUUCUUAGUUGUUAGAUAAAAUAUGGGGCAAAGAGAAGUGGAACGAUUUGGAAAGUUUUGUUCUUUUGUUUGAUCAUGGAACGACGUGUAGCUAAACGGUCAGGAUGGGGAGUGAGGAGGAGUCAUUUUGAUACAGGUUAACUUUUAUCUUCCUACAGAAACUCACAUGACCUGCUGGAAUAAUGUAUGGGGGAACAUUUCAUCGAGGGCUUAGAUUACGUCUCGUCUUAAACGACGUGCAAAGCGGGAACGCGGAUUUGUGUCUCUAGCACGGCCCCGAUGGGCGUCAUUUUGGGUUUCAAAUUCCACAGGCGUUGAGUGCGAGAGGCCAGUUGCUUUGAAGUGGCUUCUGUCUGUGCUGCGGCUGAUUUGAACGCCCGGCUGUUUGUCAGCGUCGUACAAUGAAUCGGUCACCUAAAAAGACCCCGGGCAAGGCGAUCUGUCAAGCAACAGCACAGGCCAGUUCCUUUGGAAGCAGAACGAGUCCUGCUCUCAUUUGAGUGCUUUUUUUGCCUCUCAGGGUCUUACUCCUCCCAGAACAAAAAAAAAACUUCAGGGCUAACACCCCCCCCCUUUACCACCGACCCCCCCACCCCCCCGACAGCCGGUGGGAGCUGCUUUGUGAUCGCGAGGCGACGCUGUAAAAGCAGGUGUUUUAUAGCGAGCCUGAGCUGGGACCUAAAAUCGCUUAAUUUCUUUUUCCUCUGUCAUCGCUCUUCAGUCACACACAGAGUUCGUUACAAAGGGUACGAGGCGAAGCGGGCUGUCCCCUGACCCCCCCCUGCCCCCUCCCCAAAGCAUACCGCAUUCUGCAAGCUCGGCGGUUGUCCCGGAGAAGGCGCAAGGCAGGGUCUGGACACGGCCCCCUCAACGAGCGAGCAGCAAUUAGCCAAAGGAGUCGGUCCAGGUGCGGGCGGUCGCGGAUGGGGGGGGGGGGGGGGGAUGAGGGUCUCCCCAUAAUGCUCAGCCCAUGGCAGGCGGCUGGCCCCAGAAUCCCCCCCGCCACCACCACGGGGUGGACAGGCAGGCUGAGGUGCAGCUGGGGAGGGUGACGCCCCCCCCCCCCAUCCCCACGGGGAGCAGGGUUUCCUUUGUCUUGAGAGGCAGAGAGCCCUCAAACGCAAAAAAAAAAAAAACAGAAUCCUCUGGGAGAAACCGUGGGCUGGCUCUGGGCUUUUCUCUGCUGAGCAAAAAGACAUCGUCAGCCAUUUAUAUAACGACAGGCAUUCAAUACAUAUAUAAAUAAUACCUAAAGGAAACCAAAACAUCAUCAGAUACACAUUAGCCAAAAUAUUCUGAUUAUUGAAUAUCUCUAAACAAAUGGGGAAAAACGAAAUUGUGAGGCUGUCUGAGUUCACUGACCUCUCCCCCCACCCCCGUACCAGGACCCCUGCAGCUGCCCCCACCAAGAUGGCCGCUCCGAUAUAAAGGGCCGUGCCUCAGAGCUUCGGGACAGAAUCUGAAGAUGGUAAUUGACAUAGACGCAGAGGCAGCGUGCCAUUUAGCCUCCAUUUGCGUGGAAUCAAAUUACACUCCCGCUUCCCUCCUACUCGGCCCAGAGGAUAUAGGACGGGGGGAGAAGCCUUUGGGGGUAAAAAGGGGUCGACUUUUUCCCUUGAAAGGGCCGCUUUUCUUGAAAACUGAGAGAAAAAAAAAGAUUUUUUUCUUGUGGGUUCAUUGAGCCCCUCUGCAGAAUGCACAGCGCGCUGCUUGUGUAUGAUCGAUGGAUAGUGAGCAAAACCAGUACACAGGGAAUAAGGUGGCAUGGGUUUGGGUUAGGAAGCAUUGCAAUAUCUCUCCUGACACUGAAGGAUGGAUUUGUGAAAUUGAAGAAGAAAAAAAAAACUUCCCUCGGUCAAAGGGUUCCAUAAAGUCUUACAUCCGCUCGCUAGAAAAUUGUUCUUAACCCGGCGACGGCCGAAUGCGCAAUGAGUUUUGUUGUGCGGAUGUGCGAGGAAUUGAAAAACAAGCGCAGUUUUCCAAAAACAUGGUCACUGCUGAAUCUGGACCCUUGUUGGUCAGUCCUCAGUGUUCAGACUGACUACAACAUUGACCAAAACAUCCGUUUAAUAGGGUUAAAUCAUCAUUUGCAAGACUCAAAAUGAGCAGUAAUUAUUCUAAUUUAAAUGAAGAACAAUGUGAAGGCUAUGAAAGAGGGAGAAUGGUAUUUUAACUGACUACAUUUCAAACAUUGUUGAUACUUUAUAUACAAAAAAGCACCUUAUUACUUAAAAAAAAAUAAGAUUUUGAAACCAAACUAACUUAUGUAGGAGAAUAAAUACACUUGUUACAUAUAAUAAUGACUGCAUAACAAAUGUCCCUUUUCAGUUUCGGGUAAAUUUUUUUGCAUGGAUGAAUAUUGAGCAUUUUAGUUGAAUACAGUAACACAAUCACACUUGAUCCCAUCCUGUCUAUAGAAGCUCUCCUACUGUUUCCCAGAGAGCCUCAGAGGGUCUCUGUUUCACUGCUUCAAGGCACAGACAGGUUCCCUCUUACCCAGUGGUUCAAAUGCUUGCGCCUCACUAUACAGUGCAAAUUUACCAUUCAGUUUAUCAGCUUAUGAAGCAUUGAGAGGAUCACUUUACAAUACAUUAUGGGCAAAAAAAUGUUUUGAAUGUAUCCUUAUCCUCCAUUGGAAAGAGUAAAUACAAACGACACUGUAACUUCAGUUAUCAAGCUUUGAGCUCAGAAAGACGAUGGGCAUUCCCACUUACUUAAGCAUGACUGUCUGUUAGAUAAGCCAAAACUGAAGCGAAAUGGUUGUUUUAGGUUCAAAUGUAGCCAAAUAAUCCAACCAAUUAAAUAUAAAACACGUUAGUACUGUGAAAAUUCAUAAUGAAGUCUUGCAUAGAAUAAAUAUACCAGUACAGCUUUUUGAAUACUUUCUGGUCUCUCCAUGCACAUGAGUCAAAGUUAGGACUCUGACAAAUAUUUUUCUAAACACCAAAACAAGUAGAAGAAAAAUGGAACAACAUUAUGAUCUCCUUUUGUUUGUAUCUGUAAAGAAGCAAUAAUAAAAAAAAACAAAAACAAAAAAAAAACAAAGGACCGUUCUUUUUGGUGAGCACUUAACAUUUGAUGCAAGACAUCUAUGUUUUGGUCUUGGACCGCAAGUACUACAAAAACUCAGUAAUGUUGAGUGUGAAUUUUUAUUCACAGUCGUUCUUAAGUAAGCAGUAAUAGCAAAAAUAUGUGGCAAGCAUUCAGCUAGGGAUUAUUUAGGACCCUACAGACAUUUACAGUUGUUUGACAACAGCACAAAAAAACAGUUAUCAACCUGUAAAACAAACAUACAAACAAACAAAAAAAACAAAAAAAAAAUGUAGGAAUGGCUUUUCAUUACAGCUUACUAACCACAUUUUCAUUGUCUGCAAUAGUAAGUCUGGUCAUAUUCUCUGCUUUAGACUGCUUUCGUUGUUUCAUAUGAGAUGCACUUGGUAUUUAGAUACUUAGAAGUUUGCAGUUGUUUUGCUAGCAAAGAUUUAAUCUACAGUCGUUCGUUUUCCAAUACAUAUGCUUGACAUGUCUGUUUACAUUAUAUUUAAAUUGAAAUAUUGUUUCGCUUGACUGUUUGUACCUCAGACUGGGAGAUACUAAAAUAUCCAGCAAAGAAUAGCAAACUUUAAAAAUUAUGUUUUGAUAGUUUAAUGAUAAUUUGGUCAGUGCCAUUUAUGUGAUUUAUUUAGCACUUGUUGUGCUUAAUGCCGAAACACACCCCCAUGUUGUUAUGGGCAUGGGGUAGACAAAUGCCAAGGUGUUAGGGCUGCUCAGUACCUCAGAAUUUAUGAGAAGCACAACAUUCAGACAGGAUUGGAGGAAAAUUGCUGAUGUCAUGGAUAAAGUUUUCUUAGAGAGUUGUGCUGUGAAAAAAGCUCAGCUGUUCACAGCACAUUUCAUAAAUUAAUGUAUCUGAUAGCAUGAAAACUGUGUAUGUGUGUGGGCGUGUGACAGGUCUGUGUAGCCAGGCAAACACGCAGUUAGGUGUGGCUGCAGAGAGACUGUUCUGCUCUGCGGCGUGUUGGAAGACCCCAUUUUGAAACCUCGGGGGUCCAUUGUGUCUAUGAGAGUUUGAAGGCUCCUCUGUGUAUGAACAUUGGAUCGGUCUGCAUUUCGCUAUUAUUUUGCACUGAUUAGUCAGACUGUGUUAAACUUCGCAGUGGUUUGGAUUUAUUGAAGCCCUUUUCCCAUGCUGUUUGAUGAGACUGGACAUUGAUGCCUUGACAUAGUAUUGAGCCAAAUGUACCACUUUGAAAAAGUAGCAUUUAUGAAACCUUUAUUACAUGAUAUUACUUGCAUUAAGGGAAUAUUCCAAACAUGAUAAACAUUAUAUAGUGUUAGCAUAAGUAUGAUAAUAUUCCAUAAUAUAAUAUUAAGAGAAAUUGUUUCAGUGUUUUUAAUACCUUUUAUAAAGUUAUUUGUUAUUACAGAUGUAUGUUUUGCUAUUCACUAAGAUUGUUAGUGUGUCACGUUUAAAAUGUUUUAUUCUUGGUUGCAAAAUUACAAGAUAAAUGUGAACAAGUAAAGGUAGCCAAAGAAUAAAAGGUUAGAUGUGAGGUAAUGUUUUGGGGGAAAAUAAAAACAUAUAAUUUAUUUUUAAGUCUUAAGACUAUGAUUCUCUCAGAUAUACCUUAUCUGUAGUUAAAACUAUUAUUGUCAAAGUUUGUGUUUUGUUUAUACUGGGGUUUUAAUUAUAAAAAGCUGGUGGACAAAAAGUCACCAUUUUUACUUAAAAGAGUUAUUUUUAGUAGAAUUAAAUUAUAUCAUUGGUUAGUGUAGGUUUUUAAGUUUUUUUAUAUAUAUAACCACAGUGUAAGAUUUGAAAUAUGUAUAAUAUUCCCCUAUAAAACAUUUGCUGAUUUAUUAUUUAAACACAUCUGUAAGAAACAUAUCCUAUUUGCAUCUACAAAAAUGUUUCCCAAAGAUUUCAGUCAUAGACUAAAAAGUACCUAAUCUGAGCCAUUUAUUUUCAAUGAAGUAAUAUUAGUGAAAAAAACCACCUCCCAGUACUGUUACACUAUAUGUUGCAAACACUUUCAAUAUAUUAAGCUGAAAUAAUGAUGGGAGGGGGGGCGUUACAUGGGUGUUUUUUUUUUUAAUUGUAAUUCCUGUAGAAAUAUCGCUUAAGGGCUAGCCUGAUACUUAUGUUUUGUAGGUGAAUAGUGGGGAAGGUGAGCAUUUAUUUAAAGUGAUCCAUAACUACUUGUGAAACCUCAAUAUCAAAUUGUAUUUUUUUUCUUUAAAAAAAAAAAAAAAGUGGCCUGUAUCAGAAUAAUAUUGCAAUCAUUACAGUUCGGUAAAAGGGAAAAAAAUCGUAACUGAUUUACGACACGAACCUGCUGAUUUUCAUCCAGUUUUCCAGACAGACUGUUUAUUGUUAUUAUUUUUUCUUGCAUACCCUCUGCCUUGGGUUCCUCGCCCAUGGUGAACAGAGACAGCAAUACGUGAGCUUCCCCCCAUAUAUAGGAUUACUGCACUGUACGUGUACGCAGUGUUAGCGCGGCCAACGCAAAGCACUAAUAACACAAUAAUACCGCGGUAUACGAUUAUCAUAACAGAACCAGAGAAAUGCAGCCGAUGCCUGUACAAUAACUGCAAUUAAAAAGUGAUUGUAGAGUAAUGGAAAAUAUUGACUUGUGUAAUGUACUUCAGGAUGGAGAGAGGCUCUUCAAAACAGUCUCAACUUUCAGUGAAGACAUGCAAGUUCUGCAUUUGAAUGUAGAAAUGCCCAUCAGUCCGAUGCACACUCCUACAUCUUUUAAAUUAUUCAUCAAAUACUAUUUUCUUUUAUGACUAGUUCAUAAAAGGUUUUCUUGGCAGAACGUAUUUGGAUUAAACAUUUAUAGAAAGCAAAAAUUUAAAGCAUUUUACAGUUUCGUAAAUUCUAUUUUGCUAAUAUGCAUUAUUACUAUGUGUCAAAAUAUCUGAAUGGUAUUUAUGAAAAUUAAAAGAAAUGUCUUAAGAGGUUGCUCGUACUUUUUUCUAAUACAAAAAACAUUAAUAUAUUUCUAACAGGAAGCUGGUUUUUAGGAAAAUUUUAAAAAUAAAAAAGUUUUAUUUAUGAAGGUUAAAAUAAAUUAGAAUAUUUAUAUCUCACUGUCAUAGGAAUAAGUGGUUAUGUCUGUUGUCCAUAGUUUGUAUUUUAUUCUCAGUAAUAUAAUGUUUUAAAGGCAGUCCUGCGCAUUUUAAUUAGGGUAUUAGGGUAAAAAGACAAUGAUAGGAUUUAAAUGCCUUUUUGUUUCACUGAGCGUUCAGUACGUUCUGCCUGCAAUGUUUCUUCGGCACUCUCUUUGCAUUUUAUUUAUAAGAUGUGGGGGAAAAAAUGACAUCAUUUACAGACAUACUGGACAUUUUCCUUUGCUGUGCAAAUAAUAUUAAAGACUUAUUUCUAAAAUUAGAGUGCUUAAGCCCUUUAACAUUUGAUCAGUGAACCAAAAAUGCAUAUUUGUGUGUUUCUUUGUUAUAAAAUAUAUUAUUCUAUCCAUCAAUGAAAAAGGUGAAUAUAUUUUACAUGUCCUAUUCGCCUACUCUGAGCCAAUAUCAAAUUUUGUUUUUUUUCUCUUUCCUCUAAAGCAAACAUGGCAUCAGUUGUGAUUUUGAUACCAAGUUCAGCAUGUAACAUAUGAGCAAAACAGGUAUGCUGCCCACGGUUACAUGUGUAAAGUGACAACCCCAAACCCAUGCGAAUUAAAGCAUAUCUCCUACAGCACUGAUUUUAAAGUAGAGUACAUUCUCUUAUGAACACAUUGAAGCCUUACAGCCCCUAAACAGUCUACAGUCCAAUACAUAACCAGGACACCGUUCAUUCCAGACGCAUUCCGUCCAACUACAUUACCCAGAGGGCUUGUGGAACGUAUAGACACAGGAGCAAACGCGCACUGCGCACAUCCAUACGUAUCCAUGUUAGUUUUGCAUGUUUCUUGUUGUGUGGACUAGAUGGAGGAGCAGGCCAGCACCCUGCAGUACUGAAGGAGUCAAACAGAGGCGCUGGAGUCCUUACAUAGAUUCUCAUAGUAGGCAAAGUAGAAAACGAGGGAGCCAUUUAGUUGCUGAUAUAAACGGCAGAGGUCCAUGGGGUGCUUUUGGUCCCCAGUGCAAUUACUGUUACUUUAAUGACUGGAAACUAUAGCACUGUUAAUUUCAGAGUGUUUGAUCAAUCUGCUGUGAAGAACAACAAAAGUGUAUAUGCUACUACUGUUCAAAAUGCUUAGACGUCAUUACGACGUGUCGACUCUGAAUUCCGGUCGUCCACAAUAGAAUGCCAUCACAUUCGAUUAUCAAGCAUCUUUGGGGCUGGAAUCUACUCCUGGGCCCUACUGCUACAUCUUCUAAAGGGUUUUCCUUUCUCUCCCACUCCCCAGUCUGACAAUGUCUUUGGUACAUUUCAGAAUCUUCCAGCACUGUAAGAGUUCAGUACCGGUCUCAUAGUGGUUUUAGUGCUUUUGUUUGGGUUGGCGGAUGCCGGUCCUACCAUCACUUUCUUUUUCUUUUGUUGUUUUGCUGACUUGUCUUUGCUGAGAGAGAGGGGUCGGACUUGCCAGGUGCACCUGGCCCAGCGCUCGCAUCUUUCAGCCGGCUGAUCUUUAGAGCCUAGCACAGGGGUAGACAACUCUGAUUCUGGGGGUCCAAGAGAUUGGUCAGGACUAUGCUCAAACUAAACCCUCAAUUCAAUUAAGAGAAUCAGUUAUGCUGAAUUAAAUUAAGCAGCUGCUUGUUGCGGGUGUUCAGUAUUCCGUGGCGUUGGCAGCCAGAGACGCUGCAGGACUACGGCACUCAUGACAGAGGGUGGGCUACCCCUGACCUAGCACUUGUAGUCUGUAUUUUAUUUUAACAUAUUGUAUUAACAUUAGUUUUGGUAUCAUGUAUUUUUAUUUUUUGCAAGAUGGUUUCAAGAUGUAUUGUAAAUGUUUCUAAUAAAAAGAAAUAUGAAAUGAA